UGUCAGGAGGGAGCAAUGCAAACUUUACCAAGACAGACCCGUGACAGAAACACAGGGACUGUUAGGGCACAGUUCCUCCUGAGGAGCACGGACUAUGUCAGGACAGACAGUGGUACGCUGUUAACGAACUGAGUCCCUUCGGUCUGCUCCACACUCCCCCCUGCCACCCACUCCACGGGGGUCUGUGGUAUCUUGUUCCUCUGCUCAGCGGAUUGUCGGAGGCCAGUGAAGUAUCACUCCGCGCCCGAAUAUAAAAGCUGGCCAACGCGUUGCUAUUUGCCGAGUGCCUGGGGAUUGCUCGUACUCGUAGCGCUUUGUGUGUGUGCGCGCCGGUCUGAUAAACUCAUCACGCAAUGCUUGCAAUUGGUCUUGUAUGUCGAUAUCAUGGAGCUGCAGCUGCUAAACUAGCAAAGCUCACAUCCAUCCAGCAAAAAUCCUACCUUUCUUCCAGUAAUAAAACAAACGGAGCAGCAGUUGAGAGACAGAAACACUUGUCAACUUGGGACAGGUUUGGGAAUUGGUUAAGUGACCCAGUUGUUCUACCACCCCGAAUAGUAAAUCUUCGAAGUAACAAGUUUGCCAACAUUGGCUAUGCAAGUCAGGUUGGAAAAAGAAGGGGUAAUGAAGAUCGUUUCAGUAUAGUUGAGCUCUCUGAUGGGUUGUUCUGUGUUGCUGUCUUUGAUGGACAUGGAGGGACUGAUGCUGCUGAGUUUUGUUCCCGAUACAUUGGACAUUAUAUUCAACAGAAUCUACAGUCAGAAGUAAAUUUGGAAAAUGUCUUGCUGAAAUCUUUUCUUCAAAUAGAUAGUGACUUCACAGAAAAUGCUUGUGAUUCAGGAGAAGACGCACUGUUCACAUCAGGAACCACAGCAACUGUGGCUUUGUUAAAGGAUGCAUCUCUUCUUACGGUGGCUAAUGUUGGCGAUAGUCCAGCUAUUCUUUGUCGUGAAGGAAAAGCUGAACAAUUAACCGAAGAUCACACCCCAAGGAGGCAUGAUGAAAGGAAAAGGAUCAAGGAGUGUGGCGGUUUCAUUGACUGGAGUUUAGCCACCAACCCUUAUGUGAAUGGUCGAUUGGCCAUGACCCGUAGCAUUGGGGAUGUGGAUCUCAAGCCAUACGGAGUAACUGCUGAGCCGGAAGUUAAAACUGUGGAGUUGGAACAUACGAAAGAUUGUUUCCUGGUCCUGACUACUGACGGAGUUAGUGCAAUUAUGGAGCCCCAAGAGGUGUGUGAUGUUGUAAAAAAAUGCCAGGAUCCAUCAGAAGCUGCAGCCGUUAUUAAUGAGCAGGCGUUACAAUAUGGUUCCCAGGAUAAUGUGACCACUAUCGUUGUGCCUUUUGGAGCAUGGGGAAAGUACAGAACCUCACUCACUUGUAUGAGUUUUGGAAGAAUGAUGGUUGCAAGCACCCGAUGGCAUUGAACACUGCACUGACAUCGGAAACCCUUUUGUCUGGAUCUUAUUUGUAAAAGCAUUUUUUUACAUUUUUUA